CGAAAGAGACCCAUCCCCAGAAACACAGCUUCUUUCCGUGCUCCCCCACCACAGCAGGAGCCAAGGUAGGCAAAGCCCUGGGUGCUGGCUUCCUCUCUGCCAUCGUGAGGAGACUCUCAGCCUCUGCCGUGACCAGCUGGCCACCCUAUAACGUCAACAGGAUGCUCCUCGUCUGGACUGGGCUGCUGGCCCUGGGGCUGCUGGCAGGGCGUGGGGAGGCCCAGAGCUGCACGCAAGCAUACGGAGGUCCCAACUUGGCCAGAGGGCGGCCAACCUCUCAGUCCUCCACAUAUACGCACACUGAUGGGAUCUCUGGGAUAUCAGGCUAUGCGGUGGAUGGGAACUGUGACGGGCGGUGGAUAGCCCGCUCCUGCACUCACACCAAUGAUGAGGUCAAUCCGUGGUGGUCAGUGGACUUGGGCAGAGAAUACGCCAUCUCCCUCGUGGUGGUAAAAAUCCGGCAGGACUGCUGCGGAGACAGAACCCAGGGGGCCACGAUCCACGUGGGAGACCACACGGGUGACUUUAGCAAAAGCAGCUUCACCUGUGGGACCAUUACAGACCUCCAGGACGGAUCUCUCAGUACCAUUCUGUGCAAUGGAGCCAUGGGCCGUUACAUAACCAUCGUCAUCCCUGGCCGGGUAACCGUCCUGUCUCUAGGUGAAGUGGAGGUCCACGGCACCAAUUCACCACGUUAGUGCUAGAGAUCACAGCCCUGUGUUUUGUGUGUGGACUCUUAUGAUGGCUCUCCAAUCAGCUUCCUGGGUGCUCCCUCCAAGCAAUUUUCUUUGGAUGUCUUCUGCUGUUUGACAGGCCGUGCUCACUAAAUCUGGCUGUGAGUUUUCCAGUGACCAAGAAAUACGGUUAGUGGCCAGGCAAGGCUUGGGAAUUCAGAGACUCCACUUCGCUCUUUGAUCGCCAUAAUAACCACAGAGAGGUUGCCUUGCUGUUCUGUGACAGCAAAAACAAUCCAGAAAGCACCUUAAAAACAAAUAGAACUUUAUUCCAAUGUCUUCAUCUUUUGGCGGACUAGAGGCCACUGCUUCUCUCUCAGCCACAGAAGGUGCUGCUAGAGGUUAAGGUGCCACCGGAUUCCUCUUCAGUCUUAUUCUCUCCAGUGACAUCUCACUCAGAGACCACCACAUUCAACAUGCCUGCUCCCUGCCCCAGUAUUAAUCCAACACUUAUGAUUCACAACACCUUCAGAUUAUAUUCCUAGACAAGGACUGCCACCCUUUGGGGGUUAAGGCUCUAUAACUGGCAGCCUGGCCAUGUUUGGGUGGUUUAAUUUCUUCUGGAUCCAUCCUAGAAUAAGUUUGCCAAUUAGCAUUUUGUAGUAGGUAUAAACUUUCUAUGGAUACCUGCUGGUUGCAUUUCCACACGCCUUAACAUUUAGCCUUGACGUUUACAAUGUCGCCAUGCUGCUGAGUUUUGACAAAGUCAACGUCUUUAAAGGUGGGUAACCAGGCUGGUCUGCAGUAGCAGAACAAGAGUCAAGUCUAGUUGUACCCUAGAGACCAACAAGAUGUUCAGGGAGUGCGCUGUUGGGAGUUAAAGCUUCUUUCUAAUUGGUCUCUUAGGUGUGUCUGGACUCUAAUCAAUGUCUUUACUUUACUUUACUUUAAUUGAAUUUUUAUACCGCCCAUCUCCCAAAGGACUCAGGGCGGUGUACAGCAAAGAUAAAACAUACAAAUAUAAAACAAUAAGAAUAUAAAAUAUAAACAUAUUAAAUAAUUUAACUCAGAAGAGGACAACUCAAUUAAAACACAUUUAGGCCAGCCCCGCUUGUUGGAAUAAUAGCUUCUCAAGGGCACUCUCUGUGUUUCUCUCCUGCCCAGAAGAGUGAGGAAGUCCUU